GAGAAGCAGAGUCAGAAGGACUGGUGGCUGCAGCGAGCUUGCAGCCCCGGGGAAGCCGGCGCUCCAGGCUGUGAGCCCGUCAGCCCUCCCAGCCUCCUUGCGUCUUGGACCCGCGAUCGGGGGCCUGCUCCACCCAGACUUUCGAACUUGGGGCACUACUCCGUUUUGGACGCGGCUAGGGUCAAGCUGGUCCUCGGCUUUCGCGUCUGAGAUGCCUUUCUAUAGGCGCACGGUGAUCCCUCAGCGUUUGUGCCCGCGAAAUCCGCCACAUCCGCUGAACGAGCUCCGCGACGUGAGCCACCUGGCCGGGCUCAGCCUGCUCCGGCAGCUCGCUGACCUCUGCGGCCACUCACUGGCUCUCCUCGAGGACCUCGAGGGGCACCUGCUGGCCCUGGGCCGCCGCACCGACUGCCUGUACCAGCGCACUGUGCGCCUCCGCCGCCGCCUUCCUUGCCGCCUGCUCGGCCCCGAGGAGGACGAAGACGAGCUAGGUGCUUCCCAUUGGUCAAACGUGACUCUCAGUCAAAGGACAAGGGAGUCUGUCAAUGCAGCCUACAAAGCUGCAGCUAACUCGGGUCGGGAAAAUUCGACAGCGACUGCCCACUCGAGGUCGUCAUGGCGACAGCCAGUGAACGUGUUUCUCUCCUCGGGCAGGCCCCCGAGUGUAGAGGAACUGCUUCGCGAGGCGCAGCUCAAUCUCCAGAGCCUGUUACAAGAAGAAUAUGAGGAACAGUACUCCAAGGCCAGACUUCUGGGGCAGACCUUCCGCUCUUCUGAUGAGGUCCCUGAGCUCACUCCCAGCCCAAGGCCCCAGUCUGCCCGGCGUCUGGAGUUUGUAUUGAUGACUACAAAUCGGCAGCUGAGCAAGGAUGAGACCACUAUCCAGGGUGUGAGGGCCCUGGAGGCCUCCCUGAGCCCUUCUCCAGCCAACAAGCAAACUGCCUGGAAUGGCCCCUUCUCUCUGCCAAUCCUGCAAGGGAAGUGGUGGCCUCAGCCCUGCUCCACUCAGUCUGAUCUUGUGCCCAUCAACAUCUCUGGGCAGCAGUUUGAUAAACAUGCAAGUUUGCGACACUCAUUGUUUAACACAGAGACAGCCGUGAACCCCAAGUCCACCCUGAGGCGGAGGCGGACCAUUAUUGGAAUCUCUAACUUUUCCCAGCGAGAACAAGGUCACAGCAACAUCCCUACAGACAGUGUGGCCCUCUCUGCCACCUCAGAUGCCAGGCCCAGCCACUCAGCUCCACCAGGUAUUCAUGGAAGAGUUGCCAUUGGGCAAGAAGCUCGAUUUCCAAAUCUGACCUCAUCAGGACUGAGAAAUCCUUCCAGUGAGUCUGGGGACCCCCACCAGGCACGUGGAGAGCCAGACCCUCCCAGCAUGGAGGGCAUGGGGAUGGUAUAUAGUGUCCCCAGUUCUUGCAAUGGACCCACAGAAUCAACAUUCUCCCCUUCCUGGAAGGGAGAUGCUUUCACCUAUAUGACUCCAAAUGCCACCGGCCAGAGUAACCAAGUCAGUGAAAAUGGAAAAGCUCAGUCCUUGGGGAAUUCUUGGAUGAAUACCCUCCCACCUCUGGUUCCUAAGGAGGCUGCUACUCUCUUUGUCAGUCGUGAUAACCUGGCAGGAUGCAGUGGGGUAACCAAAUACUCAGAACAUCCUACUCAACGAAGACAAGCACCAGGAAGACCUCCCAAGAUUGGCCUUCUGACCAGUGGUACUUUAAAGCUAGACACGGGCCCAGGUGGAGCCAACAGAUUCCGGGAGCGAUCGCUGUCUGUGCCCACAGACUCAGGUACCACAGCAGGGAGCUAUGAUGAAGAGCACAAGGCCAGUGAGGCUUGUGCCCUGCCAUAUGCCAAUACAAGCUCUGAAGGUAGUAACAGUGCUGAUAACAUUAUGUCUCUUAAUGCCGAGCAAGAGGCCCGGCACAGAAGGCAGAGGUCCAAAAGCAUCUCACUCAAGAAGGCCAAAAAGAAGCCUUGCCCACCAAUGCGCAGUGUCUCUCUGGUCAAAGAUGAGCCCAUCCUCUUGCCAGAAACUGGAUCAGCAUUGCCCAAGGAGCAGAGGCCCAGAAGCCUUUGCCUGUCCAUAGAACACCAAGGACAUCAUCACUCACCCCACCCAGAUGCUCAGGGUCACCCAACGGUGCCAACUCUCAAAGAUCCAGAAGGUACUCAUUUCUCCCACCACUGGUAUGUUACUGACUGGAAGUCCAGUGACACCUAUCAAUCCUUGUCCAGCUCUAGCACUGCUACUGGCACCACAGUCAUCGAGUGCACUCAAGUUCAGGGCAGCUCUGAGUCUCUUGCUUCACCUUCCACCUCCAGAGCCACAACACCUUCUCAACUCUCCAUUGAGGUGGAGGCUAGGGAGGUAUCCUCCCCAGGAAGGCCCACAGGACUGAUGUCACCCUCCAGUGGAUAUUCCAGUCAAUCAGAGACACCUACACCCACAGUCUCCAUGUCCUUGACCUUGGGCCACUUACCCCCUCCAAGUGGCAGUGUUCGAGUACGUCCAGUGGUACCCGAGAGAAAGUCAUCACUGCCUCCAACAUCACCAAUGGAGAAAAUGUCCAAGUCACGCCUGUCAUUUGACCUACCACUGAGCUCUCACACCAACCUGGAUCUAUCCGGGAUGAGUAUCUCCAUUUGCAGCAAAACCAAGGUGAGCCGCCAUCAUUCUGAUACCAAUUUUGGAGCCAAAUUGGCCCAGAAAACUAGCCCCAACCAGCCAAUCAUGCCGAUGGUUACUCAGUCUGACCUUCGUUCCAUACGCCUGAGAUCAGUCAGCAAAUCUGAGCCAGAAGAUGACGCUGAGAACCCAGACUAUCCAGAGGAACCUGGAACAGAAGAAGUCUUCACUGUGCCUGAGAGAAAAGUGAAACCUCCUGUAGCCGAGAAGCCCCCUCUGGCCCGAAGGCCUCCAAGCUUGAUCCACAAGCCACCGCCAGUCCCUGAAGAAUACCCACUAACUUCACCUACUUCAGCUAUGACUCCUAAGAGCUCUAUUCAACACGUGAGACCACUAUCUCAAGACAGCUACACAGUGUUGAGGAAACCAAAGUCCUCCAGCUUCCCUGAUGGACGAAGCCCAGGGCAGUCAACUGUCACCUCCUCUCUUGCUUUCACAGUUUUUGCCAGUUCCUCUGGUGCUUUCUUCUCAGGAACACAACCGCCUCCCCGGGCAAGUAUGGAGGAUGAGAGCCCCAAAGGGAGAGCAUUGCCUCAAAGAAUUAGCCUCCAGAGCCAGGAAGAAGCUGAGAAAAAGACCAGCAAGAUUCCACCUCCGGUACCAAAAAAGCCCAGUGUGCUGUAUCUGCCUCUCACCUCCCCUGGAGCUCAGCUAGAGGCCAAUGUGGCAGAAACAAGGCUGCCUCUAAGCCCCAUCAUCACCCUGGAGGAAGAUGGCAAGCGUCCCCCGACUCACAGUGAUCCUCCAUCUCCUGGUAAAAGGAUGACUUCAGCUCUUCAGGCUGACAGGGGGCAGGAGGCACACCCUCCAGGGAGUGCUGUGGAACUAAGCAAUGAAGAGAAAAGUUUAAUCAGUGAUAAAACAGCUGAAUGGAUUGCGGAGGAGGAGGAUGACGUGUUUGUGGCUUCACGCACAACUGAAGAUUUGUUUACUGUGAUACACAGGUCCAAAAGAAAGCUGCUUGGCUGGAAGGAGCCGGGAGAGGGCUUUACAGGCAGCAGGCCAAGCUCCCACUCGCCAGUGAAAAACACAGCCGAUUCUCCCAUCAGUGAGUCUUCUACCAUUGCCUCAGGACCAAGCAGCAGCACCAGCCUAGAUGCUGGCAGAAAUGAUGAUUUCAAGGCCUUGCUCCAGAAGAAGGGAAGUAAAGCAACUCCCAGAUCCCGCCCCUCAGCUGCUGAGCUGUUGAAAACCACUAACCCACUGGCUCGACGAAUCAUCGCUCAAUUUUCAAAAGACUAUGAAACCACCGACAACCCCAGUACAUAAGUCCCAGCUUCAAGGAGCAGGGUUUACUGGGCUUGGAGUAGAGAAGGGGGAAGAGAAAUGAUUUUAGAAAGGAACCAUAACAAAAGAACCUACAUUUCUUUUACAUUUGCUCACACUCUGGAUGGCAGAGAGGCCAAUUAACUAGAGCAGAGAUCAGGCACUUGAAAAGGCUUCAGAUAGUCUGCAUUUUCACUCUUAAACUCUAGUCAUGACUGACCUGGGAGUACCUUAUUCUCACCCAGUGCUUUGAACUAAGAUGAAAUCCUGACGUGAGGGAGUGUUUUCCACCUUUUCAGUCAAUGUCCUGGCUGCUCUGUCCAUUGACUCCUGUCACUGAAGGGCACUAUGGGGGAGCAGACUGGGGCCUGUCCAACAGGGACAGGGGGCAGAAGACAUCAUUGCCAAUUAUCCACUCUCUUGUGUGGGGUCAUAGAAAAAUACCUAAGCCUCCUCAACCACAGUGUGGUUCUCUUCUAGUAAGAGUUUCACAGGUGUGCUCUUAUUUUGGCAUGAUGUUGCUUGGAUGGCUUUUUGUGGUGCAAAAUAUGAAUGUGAGUGUGUCCUGAAACUUCAUGCCUUUUUCAGUUUGAUUGUCUAUGCGGAGAUCAGGGUGAUGAGUCUCAAUAAACUUUCAAAUUCCCCCACCCCUACCAUUAGCUAGAAAAGAGUCAGACUGGGUGGCUUUGGCUGAACCAAGUUCAGCCAACAAAUGAACCAGGAAUUUGUGCACUCUGAUCUAGCCAACAUAACUCGCCAAUGCUCCUUGAAGUCCUUCAAGUGUCUGUCAUCGUGGAUAGCCAGGACCUGUGCCCAGCUCAUGCUGCACUCCAAGAAUUCAUUUCGUUUGCAUAUAGCAUUCAUUACAGGAGGUACGUAGGUGAAGGACCAGCAUCAUCAAAGGCUCAAUGAGGAUAGAAAGUAAGUGCAUCUUACUCCACAUAUUCAAUUCAGAACAUCUUUGGUAAGAUUUUGUUUAAAGGAACUCGCCUGACUAUUCCAAAAAUCAAGAACCUAUAAACUAAAAAGAUCUACCCAAAUCUAAAAAGCAGCCUUACAAAUUGCAAUAGCCCUUAACACAAAAAGGGCUACUUUUUUGCCAUUUAUGUGCUGCUAUUUGACCAACUUUCAGUAAACCAUGUUGGGGGAGAAUAUAUGAACUUGGAGAAAUGGAAUGCUGAAAGAGCUCUAAAACAAUCAUUGUGAUUCCUUCCCCUCCAACCCUAACAGGCACUCUUGUCAAUUUUCUAAGCUGAGCAAGAACAAUGGUUCAUCUGAUUUCCAUAUGCCUGUUUUGUGUGGAGGGGAGAGUUGGGAGCAAGACAGAUGAAGCAUUGAACAAAGAAAACCAGUGUUGGGAAGGUAUUAUACUAGUCCCAGGAGGUAAAAAGGAAAAUUAAACAAAAUUGUAGCCUACUUCACUUGACCCAAAAGAUUGGUCAACUUCCUGUGGGGAGCGGGGAGAGACACAAUAAGACUUUCAAUGACAAGCAGGUCUCUUUUUUGGGAGAUCACAUUCCCCACCAAAGAGAAGCAAGCUCUUAGUUCAACUGCCCAUACUCUAUCUAAAUAAAACAAAUGAAAAACCAUAAUCAGUACUGAAACUUGGCCUCUCACAUAGAAGCCUUAGGCCUAGGUCCUUGAUUGGUCUGGUUCUGAAUUCUAGACCAAUAAGAAAUAGACCAAAUUUACCAACUGCCUGGCAAUCAGCACUUUCAUUUAGAAAGAAGCCACUUAAUAAAUAUCUAGGGAAAUAGCAGCUGCUUUUGCAAGUAUUUGAACUAUUUGGUUUGAAGGUCUUAACCAAGUUUUAGAGAGGGGAGGGGAAGGGGGGCUGCCAGAAGUAAAAUAAGACUCAUUCCUGGCUUUCAUUUGUAUAUGAAUGUCAUGCUGAUCUUCCCUGGACUCAAGAGUUCCAAAAGAUGAAACAUUGUUCAAUGUAGGAAAAUGAAGGAGCUUGUGCUUUUUUGCUUCACAAAAGUGAAGGGCUGCCAGGGCCUGUUCCUUGGGAACCAUUAUUAAUAGCUGAACUUUCAAGUAGGCCGGUAUGGAAUUUAUAUUGUCUAAGACUUGGUACUUUUGCUGAUUUUUCUGGAAGCUUUAAAGCCAAAUGCCCAGAUACCUUGAUGUUUUUCCAUCACCUGCAUUCUUGCUUUCCUCUAUGAAACUCUAUUUGCCUGGAGGGUGGGUUUUUUUUUUUAUAAAAGUGAUUUGCUGUUCCAUCAGUCAGGUAAAGAGUACAUUUCUUUUUGGAAAAUGUCACUCCUUCCUUUCUCUCUCUUGCCUGGAAGUUUUAGAAUAUCUUCUGCAAUAUCUCUGUGCCUCUCAAAUGUCCAGUACUGUCUCCAUGGCAGAAGAUUUGGGGCACAGACUGUACAGUUAGAGAUAACACCUAAGACUGGAAAUAUUAAUUGAAUAUUUUGCAACAAGUAGACCUAGUCCCAAACAAACAAUCCCAAACUCAAAAACUACCAGGCAUUGAUUAACAUAGCACCAAGCACCUUUCCUACUCCUGACACUCAACCUCUUUACUACCCUAGAUUAGCAUAACCCCAGCUCUCUCCCCUACCCAGGCACUUCUGAACCACCUAUGUCUACCGAAUCUGGAGAAGAGCAACAGGCCCUGCUCAGGAAAGCUUUCAGAGUAGCUCCUGCCACCACUAUGACUAGUACAAAUAAUAAUGAGACUAAUCUUCAAAGGUAGAAUGUACAAGAGGUUGGAGAGAAUGAGCUUGACCCCAGGAGGUCAGCUUCCACUUCAAGACCUUCCUGUCCCUUUGUUGUCCUCCAGUUCCAACCAAUAGCAGCUAGGCUGGCUUCAAUCUAGUCAGGAGAAGAGGCUUUGUACUUGGUGGUAUUACGCAAGUUAGUGUCAGUACCAAGGCUGACUUGAUUGGAGUCUCUUCUGCUUUCCCUCUACAACUUUGCCUUCCUGGAACUCUCACUUGAUCCUGGCUUGUUCCCAACACCCAUGAACUCCAUCUGUGGUCAAUAUCUCAACCACAUGAAGAAGGCAAGGUCACAGGCAGUCAGCUAGAUCACAUUAGCUUAGUGAUCACAGUUUGAUCAACCAAUCUGAUCAUGUGACUAAUGACUAUGAGAGUCUUUAAGGCUCUUCCAACAAGCAUUUUGCCUGACACCCCACUUUAACAAGCUCAGUGACAUAGACCUGACACAGAUCUCUGUGAACCUAUCUCUGCGCAUAUCUGCCCAAGCACCUGCCCACUUCCUCGUCCCUGAACUAGUCAGGAAAAGGACAAGUUCAAGCUCAAUUCUCUGUUUCUCACUUGUUCAGCCUUCCAUGUUUGCCAAUGGUGAGCUUUCACUUUAAUAUGAUUUACCAGGGCCAGGACUAGGGUGAGGCUACCAAGGUGCCUACAAGGGCACAAAAAUGUAAGGAGGCGCCUGCUCUCAGGGCCCUGCAAGUGCCUUAGCCUCGUCCUGGCCCUGUGAUUUGAACUCUGUAAAGUAUCCUAAAUUUCUCUUCAUCCAAGUGUGGUUCUUCUGAUUUGGGGGAGAUAACUCCCUAUCACCAAAUGUUUUACUGCUAUUUUUCCAUUCAUUGCAAGAAGCCUUUGUACACCUAUGCAUUAAAGAAUCUUCAGUAUUAUUAGAAAGCAGUUGAUUUCUAAGUAACCUGCUCCAUACUUGUUUCAGUGGUGUCAAACCCCUCCCAAGGAUAGCCUGCAGCUAAGCAAUGAGAGGUGGAAGUCUAACCUGAAAUCCUGUCUCUUUCUACUCUAUGCUCCCCAGGCCUUAUGUCCCAGCACCAACUCUCUUCAGUGCCUCCUACUUUCUUGUCCUCCUCUCUAAGAAAAACAUGCUCUCAGGAAAAGGAUAAAUUCAUUUACUUUGAGAUUAUGAGGCUUAAUGCUACCUCUCUUGAGGGUUGCUUGUGUUUUAACAGGGGGAAAGCCUUAAGCCAAAGGAAUGAAGUGCUGCUUGCAGAAUGUUAGGCAUCAGCUAGUUGUAGAAGUCUAUUUUGCACGAUGGAAAGGCCAGGUUCUCUGACAGCUCCCUGCAGAGUAGUGAAAAUAUCUUUAUCUUCUGGAAAUCUAGUAGUUCCUAGAUGAUGGUCAAAUUAUCCAAAUAUUCAGUGCUAGUCAGUAUGGUUACUACCAAUGAACUCUCAGGAUGGGCUACUAGAAAGCCACUGAGAAAGCCUCUAUCCUUCAUACUGUACAUUAACAUGGUUCCAUAAACACAAUUAAUUACAAUUUGAGUAAAAGAAUGCAAAGAUUUAAAGCGUUUGUGAAAAAAUGUCCUGUUUGUGAAAGAUGAAACUGUCUUCUCCAUAUCAGUCAUCCAGUGAUUACUAAACUUAUUGGAACAACAUUA